UAAAUAAAUGGCGGCCUCCAUGAACAUCACAUUUUUAUGUAUAUUUUUUAUUUUUAUGUUGUCAUUUUCUUCCUAGCUGAUUGAGUUGUGAUGACAACGUAAGAAAAGAAAAAAGACAAUUAUCUCACAUCUUGUGUAAAGAAAGAUAAAAGGACAAAAAUAUGAGAUGUAAAUUACCUGUUAGCUGGUGCCAGUGGAGAUUCAUGAAGACAAACCCAGGAAUUCUUAACUUGGAUUUUAGUUCAUACAGAAUUGUAACAGCAAGAAAUCUAUACAGUAAAACCAAGAUAUGGCCUGCAAAAUAUGAUUCUGAAACAAGAAUUGAAAUGGAAAAGUACUGGAAUCCCAAAAUUCAAGAACAGAAUAAAACCAGACACAAAUUUGAUUUGAAGUCUGACAAAGAGAAAUACUAUGUAUUGUCCAUGUUUCCUUAUCCUAGUGGUAAACUUCACAUGGGACAUGUACGUGUGUACACACUUAGUGACUGUAUGGCUAGGUACCACAGGUUAAAGGGCAAACAGGUUAUUCAUCCAAUGGGUUGGGAUGCCUUUGGAUUACCUGCAGAAAAUGCUGCCAUUGAAAGAGGAGAAAUGCCAGAUAAAUGGACAAAAAGUAACAUUGAGAGUAUGAGGAAACAGCUAGAAGAGUUACAUUGUAGUUUUGACUGGGACAGGGAGCUGUCUACAUGUGAUCCAUCAUAUUAUAAAUGGUCACAGUUUAUAUUCCUAAAGAUGUAUGAAGCUGGGCUUGUCUAUCAAAGGGAGGGACUUGUUAACUGGGAUCCAAUUGACCAAACUGUACUAGCCAAUGAACAAAUAGAUGAUCAAGGUCAUUCUUGGAGGUCAGGAGCAAAAGUUGAGAAGAAGUACCUGAGGCAAUGGUACAUCAAAACUACAGCUUAUUCAAAGUCUUUGUCUGAUGGAUUAAAGGAAUUGAACCCUGAAUACUGGAGAGACAUCAUAAGCUUACAGAGAAACUGGAUUGGUAAAUGUACUGGUACCAGGCUAGAUUUUUUAUUGAAGAACGGAGAUGAGACAAUGACUGAUCCCCUGUCUGUUUUCACAUAUCAUCCUGAAGCUCUAUGUGGUGUGACUCACAUAACCUUGUCACCAGAACACAGAUUUAAUGACCCACAGUUUUAUAAGUUGAAAGAUACAGAUCAAAGCCAAAGCAUGUCAGCAGAUAGAUUACUGAGUAUAGAAGCAGUUCAUCCUAUAACAGGGGACAGAAUACCAAUAAUUAUAUCUAACGCUCAAGAUGAAACCAUGGAAUCAUAUUUAGGCAUACCAAGUUUAUCACAACAGGAUCGACAGUGUGCAGAGAAAUUUGGAUUUACUUUCAAGGAAGUAAUAGACUCUGAUGGCAACGUUAUUAAUUCUGAACAGUUUUCAGGUCUGACUAAAAACCAAGCAUUUCAAGAAGUCUGCAGUUAUGCAAAGGAAAAAGGAUUUGGUGGUCAAUUAACCAGUGCAAAACUGAAAGAUUGGCUGAUAUCCAGACAGAGGUAUUGGGGAACUCCAAUACCAAUGAUUCAUUGCCAAAAAUGUCAGAUAGUACCAGUGCCACAAGAGGAGUUACCUGUUAAAUUACCAAAGUUAGAAAGUCUGACACAGAAAGGAUUAUCUCCCUUAACACAGGCCACAGAAUGGCUCAAUGUCAAAUGUCCAAAAUGUGGAGGUAACGCCACCAGAGAAACAGAUACCAUGGAUACAUUUGUUGAUUCUUCAUGGUACUUCCUUAGAUACCUUGACCCUAGCAACAGUAGUCUGCCAUUUGAAAGAGAAGUUGCCAAUCAGCUGAUGCCUGUCGACCUGUAUAUUGGUGGAAAGGAACAUGCUACAUUACACAUGUUCUUUGCCAGAUUCUUUAACCAUUUCCUGUGUGAUGCUGGUUUCCUAUCACACAGGGAACCAUUCACCAAUCUACUGCCUCAAGGAAUGGUAUUAGGACAGAGCUAUAAAGUUAAGGAAACAGGACAAUAUCUCAAACCAAAAGAGAUUGAUUUUUCUAAUCACAAAUCUCCUGUAGAAAAAUCCACUGGCAAGCCUUUAAUUCAAGAAUGGGAGAAGAUGAGCAAAUCCAAGUAUAAUGGUGUAGAUCCUCAGGAAAUUAUUGAUGAGUAUGGUGUGUCUGCCACAAGAAUGACAAUAGUUUACAAUGUGGCUCCUAAGUCUGACAGAAAAUGGUCUAAUACAGAAUUUAAAGGUGUGUUAAACUGGAAAGGAAAGGUAUGGAGUCUUGUUACCAUGGUUUUAAAGAAUUAUAAUAAGGUUGACACUGCAUUUCAGGAUAUCAAUGAAUGGAAUAGGAAAAUAAAGGAAGUCAGAAAUAUUCAUUUGGCAGAGAUAAACUACAAUUUUGAGACCACAUUUAUGAUCAGUGUAGCAAUAACAGCCAUGCAACAACUAACAGAAUACUUAAGGAGUGUACCUACAGAAGUAGCUGUAAACAGUGAUAUGUUUCUACAGACAUUGGCAGAAGUUAUUAUUAUGAUUUCUCCAAUAUCUCCAUCUUUUGCUAGUGAAUUAUGGGAAGGAUAUAGAAAUAAAAUUACUUCCUGUUCUACAUGUGAUAUGAAUCAGUCAGUGCAAGAACAGACAUGGCCAGAAGUAGAUAAAGAUUGUAACAUGGUUCUUAAUGUAAAAUGUAACAAUAAGAUGGUAUUCAAUACAACUGUUCCAUACACCGUACUAAACACCUUGAGUAAAGAGGAAGCACAACAAAUCAGCAAUCGUCAUCCUGUAUAUAAGAGAUAUUUUGAAGAGCAUACUGUGAAAGGUGUACAUCUUACUGUGAAGCCAGACUAUAAAGCUAUUAUUGAUUAUCAUAUACCUGAUAUUGAUGAGGAUGUCAUUAGAAAACUUAAUAAGAAGAGGAAAAAGAAAUGAGUAAUAAAAUUCAAAAUCAAUAA